AUGUACAAAUGGAAGUUUUUAUUAGAAAUUAAUGUGGAUGCAAGAAGCAUUCGUAAUCAUUUAAAUAAAGAAACUAAUAAAACGUCUAGAAUUAAAAUUCAUAUUUUAGAUUAUCUUGCUUAUACAACAUCACAGGAAGGAAAUAUUGAACAUGCUUUAGCAGUAAUUCAAGAAAUACUUACAAUUACUUCGAAUCAUGUUCGUACAAAUAAUUAUACAAUUUAUUAUGAAAUUGUUAUAGAAAAUCGAACAUUAACUAAACAAGAACGCAAAAAUGAUAUGAAUACGAAUGAUAAACAAAAUUUAAAAUUAUUGCCAACAGUGUCACAAACGAAAAAUUAUAAAAGAAAUAAUGCAAGACUAGAUAGUUAUUUUCAAGAACGUGAAUUUUAUUUUCUUCUAUUAGCUUGUACUGUAUUAAUUCGAAAUAAAUGGAUUGAUGAACGUGGUGAAGCAUUUCGUCGUUCAUGUGUUACUAGAUUCAAUGGCAUGAGUGAAUCAUCUGUUGGUACAAAAUUGACAUAA